GUCGCUCCCAAAGUCAGUACCUCCUCUGCGCACGUAUAUACACCUUAUAUCAUACCAACAACAACAACUAGGGGAUAAUGGCAGACAAAUCGGUAGCGGUGGGCAGCGAGGCCCAGGUGGCGUCGUCGGCUUCGAGCCCGAAGAAGAGCGCAUCGGCGAGCAGCAAGGCGAAGAAGCCCCGCAGCAAGCCCACGCACCCCCGGACCUCGGACAUGGUGGUUGCGGCCAUAAAAGCCCUCAAGGAGAGGGGCGGCAGCUCCCUCCAGGCGAUCAAGAAGUUUAUAGGGGCGACGUACAAGAUCGACGCGGAGAAGCACGCGCCGUUCAUCAAAAAGUACCUGAAGGGCGCCGUCGUCUCGAAGGAGAUCAUCCAGGUGAAAGGCAAGGGUGCCUCAGGGUCGUUCAAGCUGUCGGCGGCCAAGGCCGAGGGCAAGCCCGCGAGCAGGAAGAAGAGGCCGAGCAGCCCGGCGAAGAAGCCAGCGGUGCCGAAGAAGCGCGCGGUUCCCAAGAAAUCGGUGAAAAAAUCGGUAACUCCGAAGAAAUCGGUUGCCGCAGCGGCUAAGAAACCGGCCGCCGCGAAAAAGCCGAAGAAGAGGAUGAGCGUCAAGAGCGUGGUGAAGAAGCCCGCGGUGACGGCCAAGCCGAAGGUUGUCGCGGCGAAGAGGAAACCGUCACCGGCCAAGAAGCCCGUGGUGGCCAAGUCCGUGAGGAAACCGGCAGCGAAGAAGGCCCCGGCCAAGAAAAAGUAGACGAUGGCUCCACGGUUUCCCACCACGUGUAUAUUUACCUGUACAUAUAUGUAUACCUGUCGUACUAGAAGAAGAUAUCAUUAAUUGUAGGAAUAGAGGGAGGGUGCGAUGGAGAUUCGCAAACGGCCCUUUUAAGGGCCAUUACAUUUUUUCUUUCCUUUUUUUUUUUUUUUUUUUAAUACAACAAAUAUUAUAUUUAUCAACUCUGUCUCUGCGACGCGUGUACCGAUUAACAUUGUAUUGGCCGUCGUCGUAGAUGCAUGUAUUAUUAUUAUUAUAUUUAAAAGAAAAUAUAUAUAUAACAUGUGUGUUCGAUGGAA